UUUAGAGAACUAUUGGCCUUACGAGCAGCGUAUCAACAGAACGAUGUCUUCGUGUGAAGAACCGUGCAGAUUGUGCUUGCGAGAAUGCUCGAACCAGAACUUAAAUGCGCGUAAACGUCAAUAUCGCCAAGUUCUGUUAAAGGUGUUUCCGGGAAUCAAAUUAGACAUGACCGAAUCAAUCGCUUUAUGCGACGAAUGUUUCGCGGCGGUUAUGGACGCGAAAAAAUUUAAGAUGAAAGCGUCACGAAAAUCAAAUGCGUCGUUGUCCAAGAACGGACCAGUAUGUGGUUUGUGCGCGAAAUUACAAUCGAAAGACGAUGUCAAUAUGCAUAAUCUCGACGCCGACUUGAUCACAACGAUGACGGACGUAAUUGAAACUGUCCUGACAACCACAAGAUUUCAAAGCGACGUCAUUUGUCACGGCUGCUGGACGAACGCGAAAAAUAUUUACGAUUUUAAAAUUAAAUGCUUCAAAGUGGAGGAGACGUUGAACAGCUACCGUCGCGAAAAUAAUGUGAUGCAGUUGACGAACAAUCAGCUCCGAAGUGUAUCCAAAAAACUCGGAUUGGACAAUAUGUGCGCCCUGAUUGACCUAACCGGGGAAGACAAGGAUAAGGACGAGCUUGUGUGCAUCGAUCUGGUUUCCAAGUCAUCUUCUUGUUCGAGUGAUAGAUUGGCGGACGAGGACGACGACAUUUUCGACGAAGUCGAGAUCAGAAAAAAUGAGACGAACGCGUUUACAACCGACGAAGGCAGCGACCAUUUUUUCGAAGACAAAAUUGACGUGACCGACACGCAACUUUUAAUUCCCGAUGUUGGAAUUUGGGACGGCCCGAAAUUACAGGAUAUCGAGCACCAUAUACCGGCGUUUCAAAUAGAGGCCGGAAAUGUGAGAAAUUGGACCCCGAGCAGUGUCCCGAGCGAAAAAACGCCGAAUGCAGUUUGCAAGACUUGUUAUCCAAGACCCAAGAAGAGUGGGUCUGCGUGUUGCUUUGAUCGUGCAGACUAUGCGAAUCCUCUAGAUUUAUCAGUGGUUAAACACAACAAGCAAGCGGCUGACCAAGGAUGGCAUGGUAAUAAGCUCUGGUGCUGUCACGUCUGUCUCGCGUGGUAUGAACACAAGUGUAGUCUCCUCCACCACCUACGGGUGCACAGCGCGCAGCAGUUGUUCGAAAGCUUAUUCAGCUACCGAGCUGCACCACAAAAUGCACCCGGUAGCGUCGCCAACAAGUUUUUCGUGUGUCCCUAUUGUUGCAACGCAUAUCCGCAGAAACCGCUUUUAAUAAGUCACAUUGUCGACCGUCACAUGAGUCACAAAAUAUAGGCUUCCUUCUCGUUUGACGUUUUUCAAAUUCAACAUAAAACCAACAAACGACUGCACUGCGAUAAGGAUUUGGUCGACUAAAUUAAUUACCGGAAGUUUGACGUCUUUAAAUACCAUGAAUAAAAAGAUCAAUAUAAAUCAUUAUUUAUUUUUACUUUUAGCUUUGAAAACCAGCUUUUGUUAAAUGUUAAUUUGAACAUUUCGGAUUAAUUGUAAGUUGUUUAUUGUUAAUGAUGUAUU